AUGGCCAGCAGAGCGCCCACCGCGCCAAGGCAGGCAGCCGCCGCCACCACCACAUCAGGCACCUCGUCGUCCCCCGCCUCGUUUGACAGCAAAGGCAACAGCAACAGCAACAGCAACAACAACAACAACAAGGAAGACGACGAGGUGACAGGAGCAGAAGAGGAAGAGGAUGAAGAAGCAGACACGGACAUUCCGCUGACGAUGGCGGCAUCGGUGGUCCUGGCAGACCUGCCGUCCUCGGCAGCGAUGGCGCUGGAGCGGACAGCGGCGGCGACGGGCCCGCAGCCGGCAGCCAAGGUGGUGGUGCGGUUCAAGCCGGUCGGUGCGGCGCCGCGGCUGGCGCAGGACGUGUGCAAGAUAUCGGCGACGCGGCGCUUCGAGGAGGUGGUGCGGUACCUGCGGCGGAAGCUGCGGUGUGCGGAGACGGACAGCGUCUUUUUGUACGUGAAUAGCGCGUUUGCGCCGAGUUUGGACGAGGUGGUGGGCAAUUUGCAUCAGUGCUUUAAAAGUGGUCAGGAUCAACUGGUAGUUGCGUAUUCCAUGACGCCAGCUUUUGGCUGA